GGGAGUUCUGUACCUGUCUGCAGUAGCUGUUCGCCUGGGUUGGUGUUGUAAUGGGGUUCUCUGUUGAGAAUAGGACGGGGCUCUUUGGCCUAUUUCUACUCGUUAUUGUCGGUCUGUCCCAGGCUGCUUUCCCCUUGGAUUUGCUGGACGCUAAACCCGUAUUGCCUCGGAUACGGAGGAGCCUGGAGACCAGCAGCCCAGGACCCGCAUCUGAUGGGAAGUGCAGAAAUCAAAAAGACAUCGAUGGACUGCUGAGCAAGGACACAUCCACAUGCUCAUUUGACCUAAGUGGUGAGCUGUCUCUAGUGUGGAUUGGAGAUGGAACUGGGGUCAUCCUGGUUCUGACAACAUUCCGUUUGCCUCUGCUUGUCAUAACAUAUGCACAGUCCAGGCUAUACAGAAGUGCUGAUUAUGGAAAGACAUUCCAAGAAAUAACAUCCCAGAUCAACAACACUUACAUACGCACAGAGUUUGGUAUGGGAGUUGGGCCUGAAAACUCAGGAAAGGUCAUUCUUAUUGCUGAGGUAUCUGGAGGGAGCCUUGGUGGUCGCAUAUUCAGAUCCUCGGACUUUGCAAAGACCUUUGUUCAGACUGAUCUGCCUUUCCAUCCGCUUGUACCAGUGACCUAUAAUCCAGUGAAUUCAAACUACUUGCUGCUGCUUAGCAUAGAUUAUGUUUUGUGGAUUUCCAAAAACUUUGGUGAGACAUGGAAUGAAAUCCAUCCAUCUGUGUGCUCUGCCAAAUGGGGAGUUGGAGAUACCAUUCUCUUCACAACAGCUGUGAAUGCCACUUGCCGUGAAGACUAUCGAUCACUUUCCUUGAAAAAAACCUCAGAUUUUGGAAGCACAUUCAAAACCGUAGGUGAACGUGUCCACUCAUUUGGAUUAUGGGGUCGCUUUCUGCUUGCAUCUGUGCUGGAACAGGACAGAACGAAGAGGAGGAUCCAUGUUUCUCAAGAUCAAGGGGAGACAUGGAAUGUAGCUCAGCUACCGUCUGUGAAAUAUGAACAGUUCUACUCUGUACUAGCAGCCAGUGAUGAUAUGGUCUUUAUUCAUGUGGAUGACGAAGGAGACACUGGGUGUGGCACUAUAUAUACAUCUGAUGACCGUGGCAUUGUGUAUUCAAAGUCUCUGGAGCGCCAUCUUUACACCAUGACUGGAGGAGAAACUGAUUUUACCAAUGUGACCUCUCUAAAUGGCGUUUAUAUCACCAGCGUUCUUUCUGAGGAUAAUUCAAUCCGGUCUGUGAUAACCUUCGAUCAGGGUGGUGAGUGGAGUCCCCUAAGAAAGCCAGAAAAUACCAAUUGUGACUUAACAGCUAAAGACAAGGAGCAGUGCAGUCUGCAUAUACAUGCUCAGUACAGUAUAUCCCAGAGAUUGACUGUCCCAAUGCCGCCGCUGUCUGAGCCGAACGCUGUGGGGCUUGUCAUUGCUCAUGGUAGCGUUGGAGACGCAGUAUCUAUCUCACGUCCUGCGGUGUAUCUCUCUGAUGAUGGCGGGUACUCGUGGAGUAAAGUGCUGGAUGGACCUCAUCACUAUGCAAUACUGGACUCUGGAGGACUUAUAGUGGCUGUAGAGCAAAGCGAUGAACCUAUUAACACCGUAAAGUUCUCUACAGACGAGGGCCAAUGCUGGUAUUCCUACAACUUCUCCAAAGAGCCAGUCACUUUUAUUGGUUUAGCAACCGAGCCAGGGGCUCGAUCUCUUAAUGUCACAGUUUGGGGGCAUCAGCCUGGCUUAUUUAGGAACAUAUGGAAGUCUUAUACAAUCGACUUUAUAUCCUUGUUGCAGCAAAACUGUAAAGAUUUGGAUUAUAUUAAAUGGCUGGCACAUUCCACUGACCCAGGAGUUUCAGAGGACGGUUGUGUUUUGGGAUACAAAAGGGAAUAUCUUCGUUUACGCAAAUCCUCUAUGUGUCAGAAUGGACGAAAUUACAGUGUAACCAGGGCUCAUAUCUUAUGUACAUGCACGCUGGAUGAUUACAUGUGUGACUUUGGAUAUUAUCGUAAGGAAAAUGACUCAACCUGUGUAGAACAGCCCGAACUACGGGGCCAUGAAUUAGAACUUUGUGUUUUUGGAGAGGAAGAGCAACUGAAGACUAAAGGUUAUCGAAAGAUUCCAGGAGAUAAAUGCAUUAAUGGAAUAAAUCCUAUGAGAGAGGAGACAAGUAUGAAGAGAAAAUGUGCAAAUGACUUCCUUGUCCCCAGCGUUCCCUCUAAGGUUUCAUCCUCAACCACAGUUCCUGUUAUUAUCUCUGUGGUUGUUGUACUGCUUUGCGCAAUAGUUGCUGCUGUUCUGAUAAUCAAGAAAUAUGUCUGUGGUGGAAGGUUCCUGGUGCACAGAUAUUCUGUCUUGCGGCAGCAUAUGGACCCACAAGGGGAUGAGCAGUUGGACACCAGUAUAGGGGAGACUCGAAGAGGUGGAGGGUUUCACGAUGACUCAGAUGAUGAUCUUUUAGAGUGAUCUUAACAGCUCCAGCAAGAUAAUAGCAUUGUUCAAUCAAUUGCUUUUCUGUCUUUACAAUGACAUGAAUCUUAAAUGAGACAGAGGACAUUUGGCCGUGUCCAUAACCCUAAUUUUCACCAUGCCCUGGCUGUGCCGGCAACUCUGCAGAUAAAGACUACUACUGCUGAUCAGAAGAAUUGAUAGGAGAAAGUGAAUGUUGGCCAGUGGGUUAAUAUUUAAUGGUGAAAAUGUGUAGCCUUCAAAUUUGGAAAACUAAAAAAAUUUCCCUCUGCCAUGGAAAUCAUCAUGACCCUAACAUCACUUCCAUCCUAUGUCAGGUCUUAGCUUUUAAGAUAAUCUCUGUACAGUAAAUAUUGAAGAAUCUUAUUAAUAAUACAGUAAUUAUUGGUUUCUGAAAGCUGCUUCAUUGUAAUAGGGUUAAAACACUGAUUUCUACCUUUUAGCUGAGACACUGUGAAUUUUUCAGUUAAUAUCCUGACCCCACACCCCUUCUCAAAUAUCAAUAAUCUUAAUUUUCUCAUCAGAUAUUUGCGCAGUGGAAGGUUCUUUGUUUUUACUCCUGGUUAUUUUGGAUCUUGUAUAAUAUUUAAACUUUUUUGUUUGUUUUGUUUUGUUUUUUUAAUCGAAAAUCCCCCUUUUCCAGAAUGAAGGGUACCGUAACAUAAUUCCCUUGUCUUAACUCUAUACAGAUUACAGAGCUGAAUGUCAGUGCUUGUACACAGGAGCAAGGCAUCUGUGUGUGUAUAAGGGUUGUAUAGCACUUGUCGGGAGGGUUUGUAUAUAGCCUGUGAUAAAUACUUUGUACUGAACUUUCUCUGUAUAUUUGUGAUUUAAAAUGUUAUAAAAAAAUAAAAUAAAACACAUUACAUUUUU